AUGAAGACUGCACAGAAAUCUGCACGAGAACUCGAUCCCAUUGUAGACGUUGGUGAGGCUGAUGCCGCACCAAUUGACCCCGAUCUGAUUGGGAGCCCUAAUGCACCUCCAGACAAGCUAGACUUGUUGGGAGUGGUGGCUGAUACAGAAGCCCCAGCUGCGAUCGCUGCCGAUCUGGACAACACGCCGAUUGACACAGAGACUCAGUCAGCGGCGAGAGGCACAGGCCCUUCAGCACCUGUGCCCCUACUUCCAACCAUGAGUGGUGAGCCGACAGGGACUAAUAAUCCCCCUGUUGACAAAGCAAUGAUGAAGGGAGACCUACUGCUCUCCAUUGUUGCACCACGAGAAGAUGUGCCAUGGAGGGAAUGCAUCCAGAUGUUUGUGAGUUUUGAAAAGGGGCUCGAAAGUCAAUUCAACACCAUUUUGGAAAGGUUAGACGUGCUCGAGGGAUGUCAGGAGCUUUGCCCCGAAGAAGCCCCCAACCCAUUGAACCUGACAAAUUGGAAGAGACUCUGA